AUGUACGGCCAACUCAUGGCGAAAGCAGAAGCUGUGAUCCGUCUGCCGGCUUGCUUUGAGCACAAGCUCAGCUUCGUGAAGCCUCGGAAGGCUGACUUUGGACAAUUGCUUAUGCUUCCACAUGUUCUAUUUAGUCACGUUUACCACAACGAGAAGCCCCUCUGGAACCGAACUUUUGUGGCCAGCUCCGAAAGGCUGGAAGACUUUUGGGCGGCCGUCAAAGCCGUCCCGCACCCAGCCUGGGUGAAGCAUCCUCUGAAACUGCAAGAGGAAGCAGGCAAGCGGAGCACGAAGAGGUGUGUCCCCCUGUCCCUUCACGGGGACGAAGUCCCCGUGGCGGGACUGGGGAAGGUCUGGGGAAGGAAAAUGGUAAACUGGUCGUUCAGUUCAUUGGCUGGCCUGGGCUCUACGAAGAGCUCCCAGUUCUGGAUCUGGGGGCUGUUCGAGAAAGUGGGUGUGCCCGGCAAAACAUUGGAGGAGUUCUUCAAAGUUCUCCGGUGGAGCCUGUACUGGCUCUGGCUGGGAAAGUGGCCCGAGAGCGACGUCGAUGGAAUGGAGCACAUGGGCGGCCGUCCACUGGCCGACGGCUGGUUCGGUUGCCUUUUUGCUUUGAUAGGCGACCUCGAGUACCUAUCUGCUGUGCUGGGACUGCCGAGUCACAACAAUUCCAAGAACUGCUGUGCUUUAUGCAAGGCAAGCCUGAGCGGCAUCAACAGCUGGAGUGAUUUCCGCCCAGCUGCAGCCUGGAGAGCUCAGGUUUGGACUUACGAGAGCUGGCAGUCGUGGGCGAACCGCUCCAAAAAUGUCCUUUUCACCUUGCCUGGAGUAAGCGCCUUGAGCGUCCAUCUGGACUGGAUGCAUUCAAAGUACUUGGGCAUCGACCAGUUUACGUUCGGCAGUUGCUUGGCUUUACUCACUUGCACUGGCAUGGUGCCCGGCAGCGAACAGAGUGCCCUGGAGACAUGCUGGAACUUCAUCCAGGACUAUUACAGAGAACACAAAACGAAA